AGUUUUGAAAAUUCUAGAUUUCGCCCGCCCAGCGCGGCCCAUUGCUUCCCCGGAGCCGUGAGCCUCAGCGUUCGGGAGCUGAGGGUCUGGCGGUCGGGGGCCUUGUCUAGGGAGGUCGCUGGACUUGGAUCUGAGUAGCACUUAGGAGACGCGGUUUAACCGAACAGAGCCACCAUGGGGACGACCGCCCCCGGGCCCGUCCACCUGCUGGAGCUGUGUGACCAGAAGCUCAUGGAGUUUGUGUGCAACGUGGACAAUAAGCACUUGGUGUGGCUCGAGGAGAUCGAGGAGGAGGCCAAGCGCAUGUUCACCAGAGAAUUCAGCAAAGAGCCCGAGCUGAUGCCCAAAACGCCUUCUCAGAAGAACCGACGGAAAAAGAAACGGAUUUCAUAUGUUCAGGAUGAAAACAGAGACCCCAUCCGGAAAAGGUUGUCCCGCAGGAAGUCUGCGAUCAGCGAGGACAAGGUGGAGCAGCUGGUGGCCAGGGAGAACGGCACCGGCACCGUCAUGCGGCGGGUGACCCGGGCGGCGGCGGCGGCCGCGGCAGCGGCCAUCAUGGCUUCUGCGUCCCCCAUCCCCGAGUCUCCCACCCCGCUGACCAGGAAGCCCAGGAUCGUGCCCAGGGUGGAGAUCGGCGUCAGCGAGCGCCACAGAGCGGAGCAGCACGUCAGCCAGCGCAUUUCCGCCCGGGCUCCGUCCCCGGCUCCGUCGGAUGAGGAAUCUACACCCAAGAAGUCAGAGGCCGGGAGACUGGAGUCGGUCGCCGUGAGCUCUCUGAUGGCUACACCCCAGGUCAGGAUUGCACGGACCUCCCCGGGCCCGCAGGACGCACCCGGCUCUCCAGCCUCCCCGUGGCAGGAGCGGGUGCUGGCGCCCAUCCUGCCGGAUAACUUGUCCACCCCCAAGGAGGCCCUCGUGGGCCGGCGGUCAGUGCGGCGCAGCCUGAUCGCCCCGUCCUCCCCGGGUCCCCAGAACUCUCUGGCCCAGAAGUACUCCCUGGUGGACAAUCCCAGGAGCACCGUCCGCAGGUCAAACAGACUUGCCCAGAAUGCCACCAAAGAGCCCGCAGCCUCUGCCCGCAUCAUCUGUCACAGUUACCUGGAGAGACUCCUAAAUGUUGAGGUGCCCCAAAAAGUCAGCCCCGAGGAGGACCCCAGCAAGGAGGCUGAGCCUGUGGUGGAGGCUGAGCCAGAGGUCCCCAAGAUUGUCACUGGCACGCCCGGCUCGCAGCCUGCGGCCGGUGGCCAGGACACGCCCUCCGUGGGGCAGCGAGAGGCCAAGACCCACCAAACAGAUGGCCCCACGGAGCCACCGCAGAGUGUCAGGAGGAAGCGCAGCUACAAGCAGGCUGUGAGUGAGCUCGACGAGGAGCAGCAGCUGGACGAGGAGGAGCUGCAGCCCCCCCGGAGCAAGACCCCUUCCCCUCCCUGUCCGGCCAGCAAGGCGGUGCGGCCUCCCCGGACCUUCCUGCACACCGUGCAGAGGAACCAGAUGCUCAUGACCCCGACGUCCGCCUCCCGCUGCAGCGUCAUGAAAUCCUUCAUUAAGCGCAACACUCCCCUGCGCAUGGACCCGAAGUGCAGCUUCGUUGAGAAGGAGCGGCAGCGCCUGGAGCAGCUGCGGCGGAAGGAGGAGGCGGAGCAGCUCCGCAGGCAGAAGGUGGAGGAGGCCAAGCGGCAGCGGCUGGAGGAGGUGAAGCUGAAGCGGGAGGAGCGCCUGCGCAAGGUGCUGCAGGCCCGGGAGCGGGCGGAGCAGAUGAAGGAGGAGAAGAAGAAGCAGAUUGAGCAGAAGUUGGCUCAGCUGGAUGAGAAGACCGAGAAGGCCAAGGAGGAGCGAUUGGCGGAGGAGAAGGCCAAGAAAAAGGCAGCGGCCAAGAAGUUGGAGGAGAUGGAGGCGCGCAGGAAGCAGGAGGAGGAGGCACGGAGGCUCAGGAGGCUGCAGCAGGAGGAGGAAGAGAGGCGACACCAAGAGCUGCUGCAAAAGAAGAAGAAGGAGGAGGAGGAGGAGCAGGAGCAGGAGCGGCUGCGGAAGGCGGCCGAGGCCAAGAGGCUGGCGGAGCAGCGGGAGCAGGAGCGGCGGAGGGAACAGGAGCGGCUCCAGGCCGAGAGGGAGCAGCAGGAGAGGGAGAAGGCCCUGCGGCUGCAGAGGGAGAGGCUGCAGAGGGAGCUGGAGGAGAAGAAGAAAAAGGAAGAGCAGCAGCGUCUGCAGGAGGAGCAGGAGAAGAAAGCCAGGGAGGCUGCCGCGGCCAGCAAAAGCCUGAACACGACCGUGGACGUGCAGUCUCCAGCUUGUACCUCCUAUCAAAUGACGCCACAGGGGCACAGGGCUCCCCCCAAGAUCAACCCGGACAACUACGGGAUGGACCUGAAUAGCGAUGACUCCACCGAUGAUGAGUCGCAUCCCCGGAAGCCCAUCCCCUCCUGGGCCAGAGGUGCCCAGCUCAGCCAGGCCAUCCUCCACCAGUACUACCACCCCCCGAACCUGCAGGAGCUCUUUGGCACCAUUCGCCAGCUGGACUUGGAGGACAUCUUCAAGAAGAGCAAGCCUCGCUACCACAAGCGCACCAGCUCCGCCGUCUGGAACUCGCCACCUCUGCCGGGCCCCCGGGUCCCCAGCAGCCUGACCUACAGCCUGAAGAAGUUCUGAGGCAGGCCCCUCUGUCUGUCUGUCAUGUCUCCGUUGGUCUGUGCCCUCCUGCCUUGUGUUCUGUCCCUGAGGGUGGUUCUGUAUGUUCUAUAAAUGUUCUGGUGGCCCCGGCUGUGUGGAGGCUGCACAUGGUGUGCGUCUGUGGAAGUCCCGGGCCAGCCCACGUGGCCCGCCGGCAGCAUUCUGUAAAUAGGUUGCAAUAAUUUAGCCUGGACUCUAACAGGUAGAUUAAUAAAGUUCAUUCCUUUAA